CUUUCAUUCCUUAAUCCUUCCAUCCUUCCCUUUUCUCUCUCUUAAAAAAAAAAAAACACAAAUACGUUUCAAACAAAACCUAUCUCAAAUUCAAUACUCCUUACUUACUAGAGUACUAGUACUAAAAAGUGUCGGAAGUACUUUUUUUUUUAUAGAAAAAGUAAAAAAAAAAAAAAUCCAAACUGACAAAAAAAUUAAAUUGAAUGUGCCAUAAAAAGAAAAGGAGUGGUGCAGUAGAGAAAGAAAAUUAAAGAAGUCCUUCAUUUUUACCAUUUUUUUAGAGAGAGAAAACUCAAAGACGGUGCUGGAUUUUCUUGUGUUCUUUUUCCCAAUUCAAUUUUCAUUUUCUCUCUCCUCUUUUUCGUUCUUCAAACCUUCCCUGGAAUGACAAAAUGAUGGCUUUAUGCUGGACGUAAGAGCUACCAGUUUUUGUUUACAUUUCUGGUGCGUGCUGCUGCAGCUUUUUUGGUGUGGAAGAAUCUUGUGUGAGAGUGUAAAUGUCUACUGCAAAAGUGAUUUUUACAUACAAGCGAAAACGCUUAUCUUCACACUCUGGUGUUGGCCAUGCGGAUGACUGUGCUGAUUUUUCUUUGGAUGCUCAAGUGGAUAAACAUCAGGAUGCCCCCAUCGAGAAACUUAAAAGCCCAGACAAAGAUGUAACGAUUUUCAAGUGUGCUAAUUGUAAUGAUGUCCCGUGCUCUAUGAAUUGCCGAAGCUGUCUUGAUCCAUUUGAUAAUCAGUGCACAGGUCUCCAGCAUCAGCAUGUCUGCUGCGGCGAAAAAGUGGCAGUUGCUUGCUCAUCUCUUCCACUCCACCAUUCAAGUAAUCUCGGAGAGAAGCAUGACGUUCAAACAUCUAAUACAACUAUCUCAAGAGAAACGAUCCUUGGCUCUCAUGGCUUGCCUGUGGAUAAUACCUUCAAAACAUCAGGCGAGAAUGUUUCUGCUGGAGCAUCUGUAGGGGAAACCAUGAGCUCCAUUGAGAAGGAUUCUUGUUUGAACUCCAGCUAUCAAGACAAUGGGGGAUGCAUACUAGAUGAUUCAGUUUCUCAAUCAGUGGAGAAGGAAGAUAUUUUACUUCUUACACAGAGCUUUAUGAGUAAAACUGAAGUUGCUGAAGGCAAAUUGAGUGCUCCACUACGUACUUUUAGCAGAAGGCUGAAAAGAAAAGCCGACACAUGUGGUAUAGGUAUGUUUAUGGAACAACCACUUAGGGAAGGAGAUGCAGCCAUUAAAAAGUGCGACUUUGGGCCUGUUACCUCUUGUACCUGUGAAUUGGCAUCAAAGCAUAACAGACUAAAUGCGAAGUCUGAUAUAAAGGUUGAAGGUGGUGAUGCUGACAUGAGGAAUAUGUUCUGUCAAAGCAGUGAGAAGAUGGUUAGCCGUGAAUCUUCAUGUCCUUAUGGACGAUCCUGCGGAUUCAGUUUCAUCUUGAGGCAUACUGAGGGAGUGAGUAAUUCCCGGGAAGACUUGGUUGCGGACACCUCACUUGUCACUAAACAAACUUCAACUAGGACUCCGGGAUCAAUUGCCUCUGUUGAUGAUUGUCCCAAUGCAGCAGGAGGAACAGGCUUGCAGAACGAUGAUAUUAGGUGCUCACCAUGUGAUGGAAAUGUGAUAUCCUCUCUUGAUGUGGCUUGUAAUAUGGAUGAGCAACCUGUGUCUCAACAACUUCGAGCUUCCAGCGGAGACUCUCAGCUCACUUCAAGUGAUUCAUCAGACUUGAAAACCGGUGUUGCCAAGAGAGUGGAACAUAGGGCUUGCUCAAAUUCAUUAGACCUUUCUCAUCCUCCAUCUGGUGCUUUUGUAAUAGACUGCAAUGUGGUUCCAGAAUCUGAUGUUCAAGAGGAAGCUUCAGAUAUUAUUCAGGAUUCCUCGAUGGCCAAAAAUAGUGAGAAGGGGAAGUGUCUUGACUUAUUUGACAACAGUGUGCAAGAUUCACCUCAUGAUGUAAAUACCUCAUCAAUUAAGACGGAAAGUAAACCCCAGACCAACUACCUGCAGCUUUUUUCAGAAGAUGAUAAAUGUGGUCCGUUCAAGGCGUCACAUACAGAUUCUGAAAUUGGUCACAGCAAAGGUCAGCAAAAUGUAGCCUUCAUUACUGAUAGUCAAAAGCAUCAGGUCGAGCAAUCCUCUAGUGAAGCUUCUGCUAUUUUAGGUUUAUCCCUGCCUACAAGGCCAAUAUGUGAAGGUCAAACUUCCAAGGACGGUCUCGCCGUACACCAAACCCAGAAGUAUAAUGUCAGAACUUGUGAUCUCAUUCAGAAUCCAGGUGGCCAGUCUUUUCCUGAUCAGGCAUUUUUCAGACACAAGUUAGUACUUGAGAGUAUUAAUACUAGAGCUACUUCGCUGAGGGGAAAUAGAAACAUCUCUUUGGACAAGUUUCAGCCAUGUCCAGGCGUGUGGUCAGAAGAGGAGUUGGAUUCUCUUUGGAUUGGUAUCAGACGACAUGGAAAAGGUAAUUGGCAUGCUAUGCUACUCGAUCCAAGGUUGCGCUUCGCUCCAUGGAGAGUGGCAGUAGACCUAGAGAAGCAGUGGGAACAAGAACAGAACAUGCUUUUCAGUGGGAAAGUUACGCCAUCAAGUAGAUAUCACAUGAAGCCAAAAGAUGCUCACAAGGUACAUUGCCAUGGUCCUGUCACUUGUCAUGGCAUUGAUGAUAGGAGAGAGAACGUUGCAGCGGAGACUCAGCUUUCUCUGGGAGAUGUAUACACUCAGAAAAAUGGUAGCUGUUUUAGAAGUGAUGCUAAGAAUGUCGGGAUUAUUCAGCCUCAGAGUCAUGUAACAAUGGCUAGUAGCUUUGGCAGUUACGCUUGUGGUUCAUUUAACACUGUCCAAACUAGUGUCAUGAUUAGAGGUGAAGCAUCGCCUGAUGGUCCAGCUAUGGCUUUUGGUAUGCACAAUUGUUUACCUCAUUGGCUUAGAGAUUCGACCAGCACUCCGUCAAGGCUGCCAUUAGAUCCACCCCUACCCCCCAUCUCAACUCAUCCACAAAUGGGAGGACUUCGUUUUGUUCAUGCAUUUCCAGAACCUUCUUGUUGGGGAAAGAAUCUUAUUAAUACUAAGCUUGCUGGGAUGAAUGCUCCGAAUCAUGUUAACUAUGGCAGCUCGCUAAUAAGAAAACCAGAUACAGCUGAUAACCCGAUCAUUAUUAAUAGUGAUGCUUCCUCAGAGGAAACAAUAUCAGAUGAUCAUAAUAUUAGGAGUUAAUUAGUGAGGAGAUUGUGCUUAAAUUUAAUAGGCAGAAUUGUACAAAUGUGUUUGUAAUGUACAUCCGUGUAUUCACAGAAAAUGUUGCAGGGAACUGUUUAACUUCUCAGUUCCCCAGUUUUGCUCCCUGUUAUUCUUUCUUGUGCGUGCUUGCUCUGUUAACCUGAUAAUUGCUGAUUGACUAUCAGGAGACUGCAGUGGGUUUUCAGAAUGCAAGCAUCUGUUCCAUUCUCUUGUACCUCAUAAGGAUUCUUGUUGUAGAAGGCUAUAUAAGCAUUAAAAGUUACUUCUAUUAGUGAUUGCAAUUCAUAGAGAGCUUCUACAAAAGAGCCAAAGAAAAGCUACAAAUAUCUGAUUCUAUCAAAGGUGAAAAAUGUUUGGUAAAUCAGAAUUGUAGGUAGCUUUUAGUAAUUUGUGUUUUGGAACAGUUUAUAAAUAUUAGAGCAUGUUUAUUAUCA